UUUUCAGCGUGACGUGUACAUUUGGCCCCGCCCCCCGAGGCACGCGAUUUAAAGAGGCAGAGUGCCAACGCGACUGAAUCCGUGGCGAAGAAAAAAAAGUCUCGCGCAGGAGAUAAAGAGAUAAAACUCAGAACUUCGAAAAUGCGGCUGUUGAUCUUGUCGCUGUUUGUGGCGCUCGGCGUCGCCGUGCCUCCUCAGGAGAAACGCGUACAUCACACGCGUGACCUGAGUGACCACGCCCAUGAUGACACCCAGAGCUACCAGUACGACCACGAGGCCUUCCUGGGCAAAGAGGAAGCCAAGACUUUCGACCAGCUGACCCCUGAGGAGAGCAAGGCCAGACUCGGGAAAAUCGUAGAGCGCAUCGACACGGAUAAGGACGGCUUCGUCAGCCACGCUGAGCUGCACCACUGGAUCAAACACAGGCAGAGGAGGUACAUCGAGGAGAACGUGGACAAGAACUGGAAAGAGUACGACCAGAACAAGGACGGGAAGAUCUCCUGGAUCGAGUACAAGAACACCACAUACGGAACCUACCUGGAUGAUGAUUCAGAAGAUUUGGAGGACAGAGAGUCGUAUAAGGCCAUGCACGCUCGAGACCAGCGCCGCUUCGAGGUAGCCGAUAAAGAUGGAGACGGCAUCGCGACCAGGGAGGAGUUCACCGCCUUCCUCCACCCAGAGGAGUUCGACUAUAUGAAGAGCGUCGUCGUGCAGGAGACGAUGGAGGACAUUGACAAGGACAAAGAUGGCAAGGUCAACCUAGAGGAGUACAUCGGUGACAUGUUCACUCGUGAGGAGGGUGAACGUGAACCUGAGUGGGUGACCACAGAGAGAAAUCACUUCACAGAGUACAGAGACACCAACAAGGACGGUUUCCUGGACGCUGAUGAAGUUGCUCACUGGAUCCUGCCUCAGGAUGUGGAUCACACGGACAACGAGGCCAGACAUCUGAUCCACGAGACAGAUAAGAACAACGACGACAAAAUUACCAAGGCAGAGAUUCUGGAUAACUGGAACAUGUUUGUCGGGAGCCAGGCAACUAAUUACGGAGAAGAUCUGACGAGGAAACACGACGAGCUCUGAUCAAAUCUGAUCAUCAGGGGUUGGAGAUUUUAAUGUACAGAUGGAGGGGAUUGGAUUUAUAUUCCACUAUGUAAAGAAAUGUGGGAGGGGUUAAUUGUCAGGGGUGGAGCUAAAAGUCAGGGGUAAAGACAGGAGGGUCAGUGAUGGGGUCAGGAUGCUGGGAGGGAAUUUACCUGCAACAGAUUGUAUUUAUUUAGUCACACACAUUUCACUCAGUAAAGACCAGGUUCACACACACACACACACACACACACACACACGCUUUAUACCAAAGUGUGGUUUUAAAAAACGAAAUACACUUUAAACUAUCCGUUGGAGUACAAAUCAUGUGACAUCAUCAGCCUCUGACUCCGCCCACUCCCGUUCAGGUUUGGUGCUGCAUCUCAGUCUGUAGAAGGUAAUUAAAAUAUGUAUUUGCUAAAAUAGUUUUAUUUUUGGACUGGGGAAGAGCAACAUCAUCAGCAGUGGAGGCUACAACCUGUACAAUACAUCUCCACUUUCCACCCUGCUCAGGAGGACAUCGGGGUCAAGAUCAAGGUCAGGAUCAAGUUCAGGAUCACUUGGGAGUUGUUUAUUAACACACAGUAGUUACGCACUGAAGAAACAGCCGAGCACCUGAACUGAGCUGUUACACACCGAACACACACAAUAUACACACUUUAGCUGUAAAGAAACCAUCCACACACACAGAGAGCAGAAGGAGGGGAGAAAGGUCUAGAGAAGGACAGAAGGUGUUUGGAAUGAGACCCAAUGUCGUGAUUAACACAUUUCUGUGAAUUCUAAAUCUAAUAAAACCAAAUCCUGAUUUUUUUAAA